CAUCAAUUGGUUGCUAUUUAAACAUUUAAUCGAUAAGAUGAAAUUACAAAAUAUGAGUUUUGGGGAUCUAUCGUCCCCAACAAUGUCACAUUGUCUUUGUUGGGUAACGGCCUCACCCAGGACAGUUGAAUUCCUUUGGUCACAGCUUGUCAGUAGAACUCCAAGAAUUACAUAUAAAAGCUAGUCAGUAGUGAGCAUAUCGGAAUUAUCAGUACAGAGUUGUGGAGAUUGUUGAGCUAUGAUUGAGAUCAUGAACCGAUCAACGUUCGUUUGUUGAAUACGCAUAAAUUUGCAAAUCCGUCACCGUUCUUGUUGGGAUAUUCAGAAAAAUAUCCCAAUAAUUAUCCUGUUAAGUCUAAUGGUGUCCUUGGACUUUAAAUGGACAUCUCCUAUUGAUCAAUAUUUAUUUCACUUGUCAAAUAUUGUACAAAUGUUAUUUUCUAUUUUAUGGCACAAUAUGGCCUGCUUGAUUAGUAUAUAAACAGAGUAUGUCUGAAAUAUAAUGAUUCAUAUCUCAGAGGCUGAGACUUGGAUUCUGGACUCAACUGGCUGGUCUAGACAGGGAAGCGGGACCAAUCAGAUUUCUAGGCCGUUCUUACUUAUCUUACGCGUCUUUGAAUCGAUCGGUAAUUCGCUAACUUCCAAUCAGCAGCAUCUCACGUUACAACAGUUCUCAUUCGUUUCGCCCAGUCAGUCCAUGUAGUCUCAUGACAUGUUGAUACCUGGUGUUGUUCAUUCCGACUUUGGCGUUUAAGUCUCCUAUCAGGAUGGUAAUGUCCUUUCCUGGGCACUUAUCUAGAAUUCACUGAGGCCUCUUAUUGACUUGGUCAUUAUGAUCCUCAUUGCUGUGUAAGUGGGUGCUCCACUGACGAUAUCCUUAAGCUUACUUAUCUUUGUCUUUGAAUAGUAAUUACUAAGUACACCUUUCAACAGAUCAAUAAUACAUAACAGUCAAUUAUUUACAUUCACUGUACUGUAAACAUUUUAUGACAACUUGUAUUUUAUUAAUCAUUAAAUACAGACAUUAACAGUCCUGAUAUUGAUGUCAGUUAGUUGUUCAUUAAUUUUUGAUUGGCUUAUUGUUUUACUUUACAUAUUUAACGAUCGGUUCAUAAUAUUUCAACUGACCUGUCUGCUAUAACCAGUAUAACAACAGUCUAUAAUAACAUUAGAGAUAAAAAGUCAUUUUUCAAAACUAUGAUGUUUCAUACGUGUUUAAAGUCUAUCAUCUUCUUCAGUAUAUUAUUAUUUGCUUCAUUAUUAUCAUUAUGUAUAUUAUAUCCUAUUCUUUGGCUAUUAAUCACUAGAGAAACACGUUUAAAUCCAGGAUCAACUAUAUACACUGAAUGGUCAGAACCUUCAAUACCUAUUUAUAUACAAUUUUAUUUUUUUAAUUUAACAAAUCCAAUUGAAUUUCAAUCUGGUCAUAAACCUCAUCUUAAACAAUUAGGACCAUAUACAUAUCUUGAAAAACGUAUGAAAUUCAAUAUUACACAAAUAAAUGAAACAAUUACUUAUCAAGAAAUAAAAUGGUAUUAUUUUGUUCCAAAUUUAUCAAAUGGUACAGAAAAUGAUAUGAUUACAACUAUAAAUCUUGCUUAUAUAACCAUAGCAACUAAAUUCAAUGAGUUGCCAUGGUUACUAAGUAGAAUUAUUGAAGAAAUUGAAAAACAUUUUCAUGAAUAUUUAUUCAUUAAAAAACCUAUAAAACAAUUAUUAUGGGGUUAUAAUGAUGAAUUAUUAACAUUUAUAUCAAAUUAUUUUAUGAAUAUCACAACAACUAUUGGUUUAUUCAUUAAUAAGAAUAAUACAUUCAGUGAUUCUAUUACAAUUAAUAAUGGUUUAUAUAAUCAUAAACUGAUUGGUGAAAUUAUCAAAUAUAAUGGAAAGGAUAAAUUAUCUUAUUGGAAAACAUCUACAGCGAAUAUGAUUAAUGGUACUGAUGGUUCAUUAUUUCAUACCUUUUUAACUAUAAAUGAUAAUCCUUAUAUAUUUGCAUCAGAUAUAUGUCGUUCUAUACAAUUUACUAGAGAUUCUAUAGUGAAAUUCAAUCAUUUACCAGUUUUCAAAUUUAUUCCCAUGUUAGAUACAUUUAAAUCACCGAAAUAUUAUGAAAAAAAUAAAGGAUUUUGUUUAGAUUGGCCUAAUUGUUAUGAUGAUGGUGUAUUAGAUAUGUCAUCAUGUCAACCUGGUAUACCAAUUGCUGUAUCACAACCACAUUUUCUUAAUGCUAAUCAAUCUUAUCAGAAUGCUAUUGAUGGAUUAUAUCCAACAGAUGAGCUCAAUACAAUGAUUUAUAUAGAACCAAAUACUGGUUAUGUUAUUAAAGCGGAAAAAAAACUUCAAAUGAAUAUCUUUAUUAAAAAUAAUCAAAAUUUUCAACAACUUGAAAAUAUUUCCAACAUUUUAUUACCAAUUAUGUUUAUUAAUGAAUCGAUUGAAUUAAAUCAUACUGUAAUCAAUCAAUUACAUAAUAUAUUAAUACAAAACCCAUACAUAGCAACAAUUAUAUUAUUGAUUAUGAUUACAUCAUUUAUAUUGAUUAUAGGUUUUAUUAUUUCAUUAUAUUUUUAUCAAACUAAUAGAAAUCCCCCUGUGUAUACACGAUAUAUUAAUGAUGAAGAUAAUAAUCAGGAAUAUGUACAGACGAAUAGUACUUCUGUAGAGAAUAUACAAAGUAAACAAGAAGAGGAAAAAGAAGAAGAAGAAGAAGAAGAAGAACACCAACGACAACGAGAAGAGGAACGAAUAAUAAGGGCGAAUAAUCAACAAAAUCUUGUAGUUUAAUCCAUUUAUUUUAAUGAUAUUCUAAAUAUAAUUGAAUGAAGCACAGAAUAGAUUUGAUCUGAUUUGAUUGUUUAAAUGUUAUAUAUAUAUGUAUACAUCAAUAUAUACCUGUUUGAUGAUUUCGAUUAUUCUAUCUUGAAGAAGUUGGAACCAGUUCUGAUGGAUAGAAUGAACAAAAUCCUGUAACAUGAUUGAUCCUUCUAAUGAUUUCAAAUAAUAAAUAUAAUUGAAUGAAGCACAGGAUAGAUUUGAUCUAAUUUGAUUAUGAAAAUGUUAUAUACAUAUAUAUAUAUAUAUAUAUAUAUAUAUAUAUAUAUAUAUAUAUAUAUAUAUAUAUAUAUAUAUAUAUUUAAUGAUUUUGACUGUUCUAUCCUGAAGAAGUUCAGACUAGUUCUAAUGGACGAAAUCAACAAAAUUCUAUAGCUUGAUUAAUCCAUUUAAUGAUAUCAAAAUAAUAAACAUCGUCAAUGUCAUUGAUAUGUUAUCAUAUUUUUCUUUCAUUUAAAUUUGAUUAUUCCAUAUUCUUUUUAUAAUAUGGAUUUAUAUAAAUAAAUAGUCAAUGGAUAUAAACAGUUAUUUAUACAAUUGCCCAUUUAUAUUUCAUAUUCUUGUUUCUGUUUGUUUGUUUGUUUGUUUUUCUACUUUACUUUUAAAUUUAUUGGUAUUGUGAACCGCGACGUGGCUACUCUAAUUUCUAACGACUGACCAGCUUCAAAUAUCCCAGUACGACCUCAAAACUGUUCCCCAAUCUCCAAUAUAUCAGAACAUGAACUGCAGAUGAAAAUUGUUUAUGGGGUCAGGAGAAGAAUAAAAAUAAGAAUGAUACUUUACAGACAAAUGGAUAUUUAUACAGUUAGGACUACUGUGAAUAUUGACCGACAAGAAAAUGACACGUGAAAUAAAUAUUCACCAGUAGGAAAAUGACACCAUUUCACGUUCAAGAAUAGAAUUAGGCUUAACAGGAUAAUUUUUGGGAUAUUUUUCUGAAUAUCUCAACAAUUGGGUACAUUCAAAUUAAUCAUUUUAUUAAUAUCAGAAGGGGUUUUUGUGGAUAUUACGGUAAUUUCAAUAGUUAAGAUGAUGAUAGUUUGAUAGGUUCUGGGUUGGAAUCUCGAGAGGCUUAGAUCAUGGAUGCAAACUGCUGAGGCGUCUCACAACAAGACGAAACGACCAUCCAGUACUUCUAGGUUUUUCAUGAUGGUCUAACUUCAAUGGAUUCGUGAUGUUAAUUAUUGAAAUUCAUUUUAUUAAUGUCAAACAGAAUUUGUUUCAUUAUUCUUAUUGAUGAAAUUUAUAAAACAAACAAUAAUUGGACAAGAAGUGGAUAUUUAGCCUGAUAAAUGGGAAAUUAGCAUAAAACAUAGUGUUUUAAAACAAUCAAAAAUAAGUGUCAUCGUCUAUGUAAGAUUUAACUGGUUAACGUUUCCUAACCAGGUCGCGAACCCCAUGCUCAACCCCCCCUUUAUCAGGCUUGGUGCCGGCAGUAGCCCCAGAGGGGCUUCAGGUGGAGGUGUAAGAUUUAAUUAUUUAAAAUUUUACCUCUGGCUGGAUAGAUUUUUACACUCAAAGUUAGGAUCAGAAAGGUUUUUUGUGAAUAAUACAGUAGUUUUAAUAGGUGAGAUUAUGAUUCAAUUGAAACUAGACCAUCAUGAAAAACCUGAAAGCACUGGAUGGCCGUUUCAUCCUAUUGUUGAACUCCUCAGCAGUGCGAAUCCAAGAUCUCACCUCGCAAGAUUCCAACCUAGGACCUAUUGGCCUUAUGCGAGAUCGCUUAACCUCUAGACCACUGAACUGGAACCACAUACUACGACGAAACAGUCAUCCAAUGCUUUCACGUUUUCCAUGAUGAUCUAACUAAAAUUGACUCAUGAAUUCAACUAAAUAAAUAAAAGUUAACUAUCAAAUAAAUCUUAGUAAUAUGAAUCUGUAAUUGUACAAUCACACAAUCAUAAUACAUUUUUCGAUCAAAGUUCAACAAAUUAAGCUUGUUAUGUAAUAUGAGAGGUGAUCUAACUAUGUAUUAUUAAUAAUAAUAAGCCGACAUAUGUUAUACAAAUAAUAUAUUGAAUGAUAUAAAAAAAUGGAUGAAUAAUUGAAUGAAUUAUGAUACGAAAAAAAGAAGAACAAGUGAAUCAAAUCAAUAGUUAAUAAAAUAAUCAAUAAUUGAAAUUUUAAAGUUCAUCUUCAAUUUUGUUUUCUUUUCUUUUCUCGAUGAUUUACGUUGACUCUUUAAAUGGAUAUACACAAUUGAUGAUGAAAGUACAAUGAGAAUGUGUACACAUCAUCUAACUAUCUGAACAAGAGAUUUGUUUGGUUUAUACAGAUCAGUUAAGGGCUUGAAUAUAUCCUUUAAAGUUAUGUUCUCCGCCUGAGGUUCCUCUGGAGCUACUGCUGGUCCCAAGCCUGGAUAAACGAGAAAGGUUGGGUACGGGGUUAGAGAUCCCAUCUCAUUGAAAACUAACUCGCUAAAAAACAUUAGCCACAAGCAUGUAACAUGAUUGAACAGCUCACUGACUAAAUCUCUUUUUUAAGAUUAUAUAGUGGUUGGAGGUAGUCAACAGGAAACCUUGGACCUGGGUUUCGUGCUACUUGGCACUCAUCAGCAAGGUGUACCUAUAAUCUUGAGGGAGCUGGUGCCCCCUGGCGGAUUCGAUCACAUAUCACCCAGCUUCACAGUCAUUGACGUUACUACUGAGCUAUCCGGGCAGCGACCAACCUCCUAUAGGACUGACACGUAAUCACAAUUGAUUGAUCACUGGGUAGUGACUAAAGUCAUGUGUGUCAAGUCCUUAUUAGUGCAGAUCGAAUGCUAUCUUUUGUAGCUAAUUGAACGGAAACUAUUACGAUUAAAGGUUUCAAACAUAGAGAUAUGAACAACUAUCCGGGAAAUUUUUUAAUUCGUUAAAAAUUGUUGUCUUUUAUUAAUCCAUAACUUUGAACUAAACCUAACAUUAGUUAAGAUUUCUCUGAUAUAAAGAAUAUAUGCUAGUCUUUUAUUUAAUGAUUGAAACGUUGGAAUCAUUUAGAUUUCGAUCGUUUAAAAGAUUCAAAUAUAUUUUGUUCACAUCUAAUAACUUCUAUGUACUCAGUCACUUAAUUUCUAUAAAAUUGAACUAAUCGUUAAAAUUUCAAAAAGUGUCCAUAGAGAUUAAUACUAUCGUGACUUGUUUAAAUAUCUGAGCUACCUGUUCCUGGUAUCUGACUAUUUCAAUAAGUUAUCUUUUGCUUGUUUGUUUGAACACUCUUAAAUACUAAUUUUGGCAAAUCUGUUAUCUUUUUAGAAGUUUUAAGCAAUUAGUCCAUUUUGCAUAUUUCGAUAGAACAAUGAAAAGAUGGAGUUGAUCAGAAAAUUGUGAUUUAUUUACUCUAUACAUUUCUUACAAUCUGCUCACACAUAUAUUUGUCAAAGUAUUUUAUAUGGAAGUUAACAAGGGUCAAUGAAAUGAAGGUUCAAGUAAACAAAGUAGAAACUGUAAAUUAUAGAGAGAAAAAACUAACGUCGUUUAGAAAGAAUAGGAGAUUGUUUCAUUAUCCUAGGCCAUAAGGUGAUAUACGGAUUAUUAGGGGGUUUUAAUUUAUAAAUAGACUGGGAUUCAAUAAACCUGAGAAUUAGUCCUUGACAAUUUCUAUACCAAGUUUUAAAAGCUCUACUGAUGUCAAUUCUGUGACCCGUUUCAGUUAUGUACUUUGCUAUCGAUGAACAUGGUUUUCUACUUUCAACGUUUAUUGGAACAUUUGACAUUAACUGAUACUGAACCCAUUUAGACACAUUUUCCAUAACCCUUGAUUAGAAUGUUUUGAUUAAUCCUCUCUAUGUAUGUGUGUUCACACAAACAUGUGAAUUGAUCAAUGUAAUGGGAUGUGACGUCAUCCUUCAUACAUUGUGUAGGUCUAUUUGAACCAUAGCCUUAGUUCUUCAACUCAAAAGUGCUUUAGCAGCAUAAUACGUCUACUCAGUAACCGCUUUUGGUUUCUACCUAACAACAAUGCUGUUAGAUUCACAUCUAAUUGGUACGUACUUACGUCAGUUACUCCCCGUAAAGGAGUAUAGGCCGCCAAAAAGGAUUCUCAGUCGAACUCUGUUCUGUGCAAUACUUUCAAGUUGUUUCCACUUGCUAUUUAUCCCUUUCAUGUCUGCUUCAAAUUCUCGACGCAAUGUGUUCUAUGGUCUUCAUCUUUUCCAUUUCCCUUUACGAUCCGAAAUUAUGAGUACAGAUGUUAUAAAACGUCAACAAUCUGUGUCAUCCUUUACUUCACACCAUUUUGUUACUAGAUGGUCUGAUACAAACCACUUGUAAGAGACAAUCUUAGCCUUGCUUUCAUCAGCUCAAUAUAUUUUGCUGCUCGAAUAAGAUACCACUGACUGAGAAAGUGAAGAGACUUCUGUUGUUACCUAGUUAGAAAGCUGGUGAAAGCUAUACCAGGAAUUUGAGUACUAACAAUGAGGAAAAUGAGAGUGAUGCAAGUUCUGUUUCAGGGGCUGCCUAACACUCGACUGCAAAACGUGAAAAAGGAGAAUCACCUUUGGAACGAAUAAGGAUGGUUAUAUGUGGUGUUUGAAUUAACUAAUGAUUCUUUUGUACUUGUUGAAUGCUCGAUUUCGAAUUCUAAAUACAGUACAUUCGUUGUGCCUGUGUCUUCUUAAUUCAAUUGCGUUAAUCCUGGAAUUCCUAAUUCAUACUAUAAUUAGAAUACUAUAUUGGCGUCGCGAAGGAGCCUGCAAUGGAAAAGUUAGAUAUUCAUUCAACUUCGGAAGCUUUUGAAGAUUACUUUGAAAGGUUCGAAAUCUGGGCUAUGACCAAGGAAGAUGAUGAGGAUGUUAAUAUUGUGGCACACUUCCUCACAUUCAUUGGAAAAGAAGCAUACAGCUUAUUAAGAACUCUGGCUAUGCCGGAAAAACCCAUUUCGCUUUCUUAUACAGCUCUCAAGGAUCUACUGCUAGACUAUGCUCAGUAUACAAAUUUCAAAUGUCGUAAAGGAGGAAGAUUUCGUAAAAUGAUUCAUGAGGAUAUAAAAAAGUCCACUACAUUACUACGUCAUCUCAACCUAGUGCAUACUCAAGGUUAUGCAGACAAUUCAUUGAAUUUGGAUGCAGUUCACGAGGAUGGGGACAAGUUUGGUCAGUGUUUGUCCUGUUGCAAGUUCCACUCUUCUAAUUCAUGUAAAUUUCAUAAUUCUAAAUGCUUCAAAUGUCGUGAUAUUGGACAAGUUCAGUCAGUUUGUAAUGCUAAUGUUCAUCUUACUGCAAUUAAUAUUAAAUCUUGUAAUUCUGAUUCUACUGAGUCGAGUAUUCAUGAUGAUCAUUUAUCUUUAUCAACGAUUUCAAAAGACAGUGCAGAGUCAUAUGGCAGUUCAGAGUUAAAUGAAAUCCAGAAUUCUUGUGAGACAACAUUUCCUAAUCAACCGAUUUAUCAGAAUUCUCAUGCUAUUGUACCAAGUAUGACUUUUCCUAAUGAUUCACAUAUUUCUAAUGAAAUUACUUGCAAUUCUGAGGAAAAUAUGUUAAAUGAAUGUAAUCAUGAUCGAAAACCUGAUGUGGUUUGGAUAGAUGCUGAUUUCUCUAACGAUCCUACGCUCUGCAACGACAGUCCUGAUGAAUUUCAUGAGAAUAUUUCAGAAGAAUCAAAUCCUGAUGUCAUAUCAUAUAUUACCUAUCCUCAUAAUGUAUUUGAUCUUCGUGAAAAACCUGCCCAAUGCGAAGCACGAGUACUAAGUGACCUCGAGUUUUAUUAUAUUUCGGAUGAUUUCAUAUCAACUGCUGUUUACUCUUAUCACAAAAACAGUUCUAAUGUUUACUCUAAACAAUGUGAGAUAUAUGUUUUAAAUGAAGCCACAUUAUUCAUAACUUGGGAGUAUAAAGAUCCAACAUUAUUUCGUGGGUGGGGAUAGUGUUGAAAAAUCUAUGGUUCGAAUUCUAGAUAUUAAUGAUUUCAUUACAAAACCGACAUGUUGAUUGUAUACAAUUCCAGGUGAGUCUGUUCCGAU